AUGAGCGGCGAGCAGGUCUACGGCGUCACCCCGCCCAUUUCGGUGUCGCUUCCCACUGAGAAUGAGAAGCGGGUUAGCGAAUCUUUGAUAGAAGAGCUUCGCCGUCAAAAGACUUUCGAGAGCCCCUCCGAUACGCAAAAGAGAUAUACCGUUCUUGAGUCGCUUCAAAAGAUUACGGAUGAAUUUGUCAAGAAAGUUGCCCGCGAAAAGGAACCGAAGAACGACAUUCUCAUAAAGAAUGCACGGGGCAAGGUUUUUACCUACGGCAGCUUUCGCCUGGGAGUCUUUGGUCCUGGCUCCGAUAUCGAUACCUUGAUUGUCGCACCGAAAUACGUCACGCGCGAAGAUUAUUUCAAAUACUUUCCGGAUCUCCUCGUGGAGAUGGCACCGAAAGACUCGAUUACCGAUCUUGCGGCCGUCACGGAUGCAUUCGUACCCAUCAUCAAGUUCGAGUACUCGGGCAUCAGCAUCGAUUUGAUUUUUUCUCGUAUCAUUCAGAAGCAACUUGCUCCCGAUUUCCAGGACCUGAAGGACUCUGGUUUCUUGCGCGGUCUUGAUGAAGCUGAGCUCCGCUCUCUCAACGGCACCCGAGUUACGGAUGAGAUUCUAUCACUGGUUCCAGAACAAAGUACAUUCAGGCUGGCCCUUAGGGCUAUAAAGCUUUGGGCGCAGCGCCGAGCAGUAUACGGAAACAUCAUGGGGUUUCCAGGUGGUGUCGCCUGGGCUAUGCUCGUUGCCAGGGUCUGUCAGCUGUACCCCAAGGCGGCCACCUCCGUCAUUGUUAACAAGUUCUUUCUUGUCAUGAGCCAGUGGCGAUGGCCGCAGCCGGUCUUGCUCAAGCCCAUUGAGAAUGGUCCUCUCCCGGUCCGAGUCUGGAACCCCAAGGUGUACAAGGGUGAUUCCUUCCACUUGAUGCCCAUCAUUACCCCAGCGUACCCUUCCAUGUGCGCCACCUUCAACAUUACUCGCUCUUCAAUGGCCAUAAUCAAACGGGAGCUGCAACGCGGACUGGAGAUUACAGAGCAGGUGAUGGUAGGAAAGCAGUCCUGGAGUGACUUAUUCGUCAAGCACACUUUUUUCACAACGGGAUAUAAAUACUAUAUCUCAGUGGUCUCCGCAAGUAAGGCAAAGGAGGCGCACAAGGUAUGGUCAGGAUACAUCGAGUCCAAGGUCCGGAUGCUUGUGCAAAAACUAGAGCAGCAUCCGCACAUUGCUCUUGCGCAUCCAUUUGUCAAAGGCUACUCAAGAAGGCAUAUUUGCAAUAACGAGAAGCAAAUCGAUCAAGUGCAAGAGGGCAGCCUCGACUUUGUGGUUUCCGAUGACGUUACGCUGGAUACUGGGAGCAGCGAGAAGGACGGCGAGCCUGAUCAGGCACCAGAGGGCGAAGCAGAGAAGCAAAAACCGUCCGAAGUCUUUACCACAACCCAUUACAUUGGUCUCGAGCUAGAAGAAGGCGCCAAGUCUCUUGAUCUGUCAUACCAAGUCGACGAAUUUAAAGUAUUAUGCACUGCAUGGCAGAAGUAUCAGGAUGAACUGAAACCGCUGGUGUCAAUUGGGGUUCAGCACGUGCGCAACUUCAACCUUCCGGACGAUGUUUUUGAUGCAGAUGAAAAGAAGCCUCAGAAGAAGUCCUCCAAGGGCGCCAACGGGAAGAAGCGUAGUGCCGCCGAGGUAACGCCGCUACUCGCAAUCUUCUAUGCGAUGAACCAAGCGAUCAAAGAAAACCAACCUCCCGCAAAGCGACAGCAGGCCUCUGUUGCCGCCGCCGGCUAG